GCUUUCUCGCACUCAGCUUUCACGCACCUUAGCUAUACAUUGCGUCGUUUCACUGUAGGGAAAGUACGACCUACUGUGUAUGUUGGAUCAAAGAACUUUUUUCUGUGUUCAUCCAUUCCUCCACAGGAGAGAAGAGAUCCUGUGACUCUACAUACCCAGAUACAGAUAUGGAUACAGAUACAGUUACAGAUACAGAGGCACCCAACAAUUCAAUGGGCCAUCUUGCUUUUGGAAAGUGAUGAUGGGCAUACCGGGAGGAAUAAGAGUGGGGAGGGACUGAUACAAGUCUUCAUAAGAUGAGAUCCUUUUGUGUUGGGAGCUUCCAUUUCUCUCUGCAAAGUUUGCUUUUUGCUCCUCCAUUAGCAAGAGCCGAUCUCAUGCCUGGAGAGAAAAUCUAGGGAGUAUAGAGGCCGCCAUGAAUGAUUCUCGAGGAAAGAUUAGAUUUUGGGGCAUGGGUUUUCCCAACGGUGUCGUCAUCAUCAUAUUUGUUAGGCUUGAUCAGAUGAUUUCGACCUAGAAAGGUGGAGAAAUCAGGGUAGCGGACAAAUCAUAACCCAAAUCUGUGAUCAGGCUCAUAGGCUCGUAGGCUCAUAGGGAUCUCUGCUCUCCAGAAUGGGAAGGACACGUUUUGUAGCUUGCUUGGAAUUCAUUUCUACUGCUGCACAUGUACGGGUGAAUGGCAUGGAUUAGAGGAGUUCACUUCAUAAUGAUGAUUGUUCUUUUCCUUUCUCUAGAUACGACCUAAGAAAGGCCUUUCUUUAUUUUACGUGUAAACCUAGACCUUAUCUUUUGGAAGGCCAUGUCCAACAUGACAAGCGCAUCCGGAGAAGCCAGUGCAAGCAUUUCUUCUGAUAACUACACCGCCGGACACACAUCUCGUGCCAAGAGAAAAAGGAAUUUACCAGGAAACCCAGACCCAGAUGCGGAAGUAAUAGCUCUAUCGCCCAACAGUCUAAUGGCGACGAAUCGGUUCGUAUGCCAAGUGUGUAACAAGGGAUUUCAGCGAGAUCAAAAUCUGCAGCUUCACAGACGGGGUCAUAAUCUUCCAUGGAAGCUGCGGCAGCGGAGCGGGAAAGAGAGCAGAAAAAGAGUGUACAUAUGUCCCGAAUCAAGCUGUGUUCAUCACAAUCCCUCAAGAGCUCUGGGCGACCUCACUGGUAUCAAGAAGCAUUUCUCUCGAAAACAUGGAGAAAAGAAAUGGAAGUGUGACAAAUGCAGCAAAACAUAUGCUGUUCAGUCGGACUGGAAGGCUCAUUCCAAAACAUGUGGUACUCGGGAGUACCGAUGCGACUGCGGAACCCUCUUCUCUAGGAGGGACAGCUUUAUCACCCACCGAGCUUUCUGCGAUGCGCUGGCUCAGGAGAAGGCAAUAAUGACCUUACCAAACAUCGACAUGAGUUCCUCUUCCUCUUCCUCUUCUUGCGCUGCUGCAGCAAUCUCCUAUUCUCCUUUGGGAAUAAUGUCAUCAGAUGAGAAUGGAAGAGUGCCAUUGUGGUUGGGUAGUGGAACAGAUCCUUCAAAUCCCAUGGACAUGGGCAUUUCUCGUUCCUUUCUUUCUGCACAGCCGCCAAAACCCAUGCUACCUCCCUCAGAUUAUGAUGAUACAGCGGGACAGAAUCCUUCUUUAGCUGGACUAUCAUGGCCAUUGACAUCGUCGUCUACCAUGGGAAGUCUUUAUUCAAGUCUUUUCAAUCCAGGAUCUAGUCAGGUUCCAGGAAAUCUGAAUGCCAUGGAUUUAUCAAGUGGAAUGCCCAGUGCUAUGGAGUUGGAAGAAGGGGCCACAAACUGGAGCUCCAGACGGUUCCCAUCUGCAGUCAUGGCAAGCAAUGAUAUGACUAUGAGCCUUCCCAGCAUGUACGGCCAUCACUGUAGUGAAGGAUUUGCUAACAUUUCUCAGAUGUCAGCUACAGCUUUGCUACAGAAAGCAGCACAAAUGGGUGCAAAGCCCAGCAGUUCAUCAUAUUCGGCAGCUUCCAUGGAGAGGCAGAGCGAAAAACAGCACCGAGGAGAAAUGGUAUCUAGUUUUGUGCACUCACAUUCAGAAACAAUGGACAAUACUGAAAAAGCCAAUGCAGGCCUCCAAGAUAUGAUGAAAUAUUCUUGUCUUGGAUUGUUCAAUGUAGAAAAAGGCUUCGAUGGUAUGUUGCAAACAUUUGGGGAAAGCAAUCUAGCAGCUUCUGAGGUGGCUUAUGGUGGGCUUAUCGAAAGGUUGGCUCCUAGGAAUAUCAACAUUGCACGUUUUCCCCAACAUAAAUCUAAGUUGCAGGUGGAGAAAAAUGUAAACCCAGCAGGAGAAGAAUGUGAGGGAGUAACGAGGGAUUUCCUGGGCGUAAGCUAUACAAAUGCACAUUUUCAUACGUAGGUAAGUAGUGUUAGCUCUUCAUCAACUGUUUCAAUUAAACGAUCAUGGUCGGUUAUUUUAUAGCUCAUUUCUCAAGAUUGGUUUCACUUCUACUCUCUCACAUUGUACUGUAACUAAAAAUUUCUCAGUACUCUUACCUUGUCAGCUGGGUUUGCUUGCUCUACCAUUGCCUCCUCUCCCAUAAAAGCCCACAAUACAAGCAAAUUCCAUCACCGCGAUACACAUUCAAUUCAUAACACAAGCAAAUCUGUCGUUAUUAUUUCAUCUGUAAAAGCUUUAACGGUAGAUUUCGUUCUCUCUCUGAACUUCUUGUAACAUAGGCCAUGAUUUCUUACUUUCUUCUAGUAUCCAUUGAAUUACGCAGUUACUGCAACGUCCUUGUACUUCCUAUGAGCAUUAGAAAUAGCCAUGAACAGAUGCUUCAGAUCAUUCUAUAAUAGGUACGCUAUAUAUUAGUAUUUGUCUUCCAUGUUUCUGGCAACACUAUGCAUAUAUUUCAAGAAUU